CACCGACACUAACCGUCAAACAGUCUCGCGCUCCACAACCUCUCGAGACCAUCCGAGUCUCUCUCUCUCUCUCUCUCUGUCUCUCUCUCUUUGUCCGAGUUUUAAGUUGUGUCAAUCCGCGGUGCCCGUUGCACAACACCACGCAGUCUCUCUCCGGCGAUCAUACCGCGCACUUCUCGCAUUUCGCUCCGCGACACACCCAUCGGCCUAACCGUCGUCGUUGUUCAUUAUUAUAUUACUAACAUUACAUCGUUACAGUUUUAUAAUAAAAUUACAAUUUGAUCAUACGGCCUUCGUUCGUCUUUCGAUCGUCUCUCCGCGAUUACGGCGAUAUUAUUAUUAUGACAUAAUAAUAAUAUUUACUAUCCGCGAACAUAAUAUAACACCGCGGCGGUCCGACGAAAAAAAAAAUAAAUAAAUAAAUAAACUUCAAAAAAACAAUUUAAAAAAAAAAUAUCUAUCUUCGAAAAAUCGCACGCAAUCUAUUUGCGAUCGCGCAACAAUAUUACACCGUCGUCGCGAAUAAUCCGUUAAUUUCCCGCGGCUCGAGAUGUAUUCGUGGUUCUUCCUGUUUCCCGUCAUUGCUUUUAUCGUGUCUGAGUUAGUACGGAAAUUUCAACGAGACAACCAGGAAUCACCCAGACACGAAAGAUACCGUGACAACCGCCGCCAAAACGAGUAAGAGACCGGCGCGCGCGCCCGUCCGUCCACCGCGGUACGCCCGUACCGUAAUAACACCGGGAGACCAGCUCAGCGCCGUCGGGCCGUCAGUCGGCAGCCGGCAGUCGAACGAUUGCCACUAGCGCACGUCCGCCGUCCAACGCGCGGCUCUCGUCGUCGUCCGCGUGAUUCCGGUAUUGUUCCCCCGAAUACGUUCAUGACCGAAAUGGUGUUUUCAAACGUCUCGUGCCAGGUUUGUCGAAUUAUUGCUAAUUAAUUUACAUAAGUAUACCGCACGCGUCACGGCGUGUACGACCGCCGCACAAAACAUAUACCACCACUGAUAUCACAAACGACACAACCACCACCACCACCACAACCACCAUUACUACUACCAAUACCGAUACAACCGAACGUUCGAAAAAUGCCUACGAACCCUAAUAAUUAUUUUGACACCAUCAUGAAAUUCCUCAACACCGAAACCACCAUCGCGAUAUUCGUGUUGGCGAUUAUAUUAUUAUUUAUUAUUAUUAUUAUAAUUGUGCAAUGGAGUUACGAUAGGCCGGCCCCCGAAACCGAGGUCCCGUUAACCCCCCGACAACAGUUUACCGUAAAAUACCGCGUCGGAUUCAACGAAUACCACAACUCCUUACCGAAUACCCAGCGCCGUACGGCGGAACGCGAAGCCAGAAGAUUGAGACAGAAACAAUUUCGCAUUACCUGUAUUGUAGUAAUCGCCUUCAUGUUGAUCUUGUGGUUCAUUUAUCGGCUGGACAUAAACCUCGUAACCUAUUACUGUAAGUUUCCAUGAUAUUAUCUACCGUAUAUUAUAAUACAAUAUAUUUAAUUUAAAAUAUUAAUUACGUAAAUAAUAAUAAUUAGUGUUAAGGUUGAUUUUUUUUUUUUCAUUAUAUUUAUAAGGUAUUGUGUUGCGAGUGGCGGGGGGACGUUUUAUUAAAAAUAUUAUGUACGAUUUCGAUUAGGUAUACAUUUUGAAUUUAGAUUUUUGACACAGCGGAAUCGCUAUUAUCUAUUCGUUAUGAUAGGUUUUUUUUAAAAAAAAAACAACUAAUGGCUGCCCAAAUAUAUUCCGGGAGAAAAAAAAAUUUCGAAGUCCGUUAAAAUUCGAUUAUUUUGUUCGUCAUUAACAAUAUUAUUAAAAAUAAAAAUAAAAAACUGAAUUAAUUUCAAUUCGGACCGUUUGGUAAAUCUAUCGGCUGUGUAGCGUUGGGUGGCGUAUUUAAAGAAGGGGGUAGUGGGUGGGUGGGUGGGCUAGUGGGCGGGCAGUUGAGGAGAUAUACGUCUGCCCUUUAGAAUUUUUGUUUUCUCGUAUCUCCUGACGUAUAUGAACGGUAUUCACGCAAUUAACGGGGAAAAAAUCGUCAAAAUGUCCAAUAAUAAAUAAUGUCCUUCAAAACGUAUAAUAUUCGAAUACGCGUGAUUUCCAUACGAAUUUCAAAAUCGAAUCUUCCGCUCCCACCUUCCCCCCCCCAUCCCGUCACUUGAACUUAUUGGCUUAGACGCGCACGUACUAUUAGAAUGUUGUAACAUUACAUUAUUGUUUACACGAGGGGACGAAGAAUAAAAGAUUUUAUUAUUAUUGUCAAUUCACGGGCGGCGAUUUAUUUAAACGAGUAUAAUUCGAGAGAAUCAACGAACAAAAAAAAAAAACCCCACUCAAGCCACCUCCCGGCCGUCCGGGAAUUGCGGGCGUAGAAUAUAUUUAUUUUUAUAUAAUAUAAUCGUCGUCCGAAUUUCAUCGGUUGGCGCGGCGAGGGGAGGAGGGGAGGGAGCUGACGAAACGUUCGUCUUUAGAAACCCGACAGCGAAAUAUUAUUAUCGUCGCGAACGAUAACUGUUGAGAUAGUGGUAUACGGUGUCAUUGACAAGACAAUAAUGCCACGCUCGCGGUUAACUAGAUAUGAUUGGUUUAAGCGUUACAGGUCCGGGCAUAAGGUAAGUGCGCGGUACGAGCAUCGGCAGUGUGGGGCGUGGCGUUCCUACAACGAAAGUGUAAGUUUCCGAUUUACAGGUGUCGCGGAGUCGAUUAGACGUAAAACAAAUUUUAAAAAAAUUCGAAAAAAUCCGUUCAGUAGUGCCGAGCGAAUUCGCAUCAGUGGUGAAAUAUAUUUACCCUGCACCGAGUAUACAAGGCUGACGGCGGGGGGCGUAGCCAAGGGGGCGGUGGUACGGGGGGCGUUGCGGGGUUAACACUCCCGCAUCGUUCAUACCGAUAUUAACCCUCCGAUAUCAUUCGUUGUUUUUCAAAAAUCCGGAUUUACUCCUAUUACAAAUAAUAUUUAUACCUACAUGCGCCUUUGAUCGUAAUCGUUCGAUAGUCCGAUACCGGAUUUUUCCUAAAAAUAUAAUAUUAUAGACUCGUUCAUCUUUAUAGAACGUUUUUUUUUUUUCUAUUAUUUUUCUCCCCCUCAUUGGGCGCCCUAUAUGAAAGCGAAUAUCUCUAUAAUAUUUUUCUGUAGCCUCUUCACAGUGUACCAUAAACUUUGUAUGAUUUUAAGAUCAUUUAGGAAACCAACUUAUAUUAUUUAUUAUUCCGUUAUGUUUUUAACUGUAACCGGAUUCCAGAUUCGAGAUUUCUUUCCAGUGCCCACCCUACAAACAUUAACCCCCCCCCCCUCCCGUCCACCCAAAUAUCAACCAAACACCCACACAUCCACCCAUCCAUCCAUCUACAUACACAACCACCCCCUCUCUUCAUAAUAUUCAGACGCCGUCGCUUUUUAAAAACCCUUUCAUCACGCCACUGGUGCCGAAUAGCUGGCAUUAUCAAUUGGGAGCUAUAAUAACAACUUAAUAUAGAUAUAUUUCGGAUUUUCACGGUGAUCUAUUUAUUUUUAAUUUCGUCCAUGUUCCAGACAAAUAUUUUAUAACGCUAGUGAAUUUCGUUUUUCGUAUUAUUGCAGUCGAUCAACGACAUAUUAAUUUUGAAAUUCCAUAAUAUUCUAUCAUGUAGGUAAAAUAUUGAAAGUAAUAAUAAUUGAUUAGAUACUCACUUCGAUCGAAAUAAGUUUUGGUUAAAAAAAAAAUAUUAAAUGUAGUUUUAGAUAUUCUAAGCGUAUUACGAUGCAUUAUUUUUUUUCUUUGGCAAUCUGUUGACAACUUUUGCUAUCACAAAUUUUGCUCUAAUCAAAAAACGACAAGAGAGACAAUUUUUGAUUCAAUUUUGCCUCCAUUAUUGAUUUUAUUUGUAUUUAUCACGGUAGGUUUUUCAUUGUAGGAAACACGGGAAAAUGUACAAUAAGGGUUUCGUUAUUUUCAAGUCUUUUGGUUUUCAUUUAGUUUUAUAUAAAUGAAAUUGUUUUGGCAGAGUAGAUGUUUGAAAAUUGUACACGAUGUUCAUUAUAAGUUCUACCUGGUGUUAAACAUUUUGACGAUCAUUGUAAAAAUUACGGAAUCCCAGAACAUGUUUACCGAAUUGGCUCAGAAUCGUAUUUCGUUAGCAAUAAUUUAUCGUUUCGUACAGAUAUAAUUCAAACGACUUUAUAUAUUCUAUUUUCCCGUCUUAUCCACAUCAGUGACGUACCCAUUGGCGGUAUCAGCUUUUGUUUAAAACGAAUUACAUACUUCAGUUCUAAUUAUUUUAACUUUUUUACUACAGGUACCGAUCUCGUUCAUUUUUAAAUAUUGACCACAGUAAGGAAAAAAAUAAAUAAACGAUACUGUAUUAGCAAUUUUUUUUUUUUUUUUGGAAUUCAGUUAAAAAUAGGUAUAAUCGUAGUAGAAAUCUAAAAUAUUUUCCAAAUACUUAUUUAAGUUAUUUUAAGAUGUGAUCAAUUUCAACAUUUUCCGAAAAAUUUAAGAUGCACGAAUUUGUUUGGUUUUUAUUUCAAUUUUUUUGUGGGUAAUAUAAUAUUGACUUUUCAAAAUUGUUGGGAAAUUCUAUAAAUUACGCUAGAAUAAUCGAAAAUCCGUUUUUUUUUUAAAUUUCAAACGUUUUCGGCACUACAUGUAAAUACUAAACAAUUUGAGCCGAAAAAACACGGACAAUCCAUAGUGUAAAUUUCUAAUCAAUCGUUAUUACAUUAUUAUUAUUAUUAUUAUUGUUUACGUCAUAUUUUAUCGAAACACGUUUAACCGAACUCUGUUCAGAAUCGUUUUUUUUUUCGUUAGCAACGAUUGUAGAUAUUAUAAACCAAAUUAUCCUAUGUACACAAUAACCUGCCUAUUCAAAAAUUUCGUUACAUUCGUUAGUAUUCAAAAUAUAUCGACGAUGAAAUCCCUCGAUUUUACGCGAUUGAUUAAUCGUAUUAAUUAAAAUAUAUUGAAUUAUUAAAUCAGCCGUAAUUACAAAUUAGUUAAUAUUAGCGGUGGCUGUAUUUAUUCUAAUCGAAUUUUCGCCCUAUUUCAUAUUACGAUACGGUUUAUUCGAUUCAUCCGAGCGGUCGUGCGAUAUUCGAACGUAUUCAAGUCUCCCCGUCGUUUCCUAUAGCCGAGAAACAUAAUAUUUCCGUGAUAAAUCCACCGAAUAUGACAACGCGAACGCCGAGCGGAUUCGGUUAAACAGAACCGUCAACAUUCGGUAAAUUAAAUGUUUGAAUGAAAAAAAAUAAUAAUAACCCACGACACAGACCGCACGUUAUUGGUCACACAUAUUUUAACCGUUUCAUAACAGGAUACGGUAAUUAAUCGUUCGUUGUGUCGCGGCCGCAUAAAUUACGCAUUUAUGCGUCGCCGCCGACGGAAUCUCCAGGGACUAAUCAAAUAGGCCAUAAUUUACCGUUGACUUUUUAUUGAACUCAUAAAAAUAAUAACGCUACCCGACAAAAUAUGAUUGUGUGCACGUACUCGACGGCACUUUAAUAUAAUACAAUACAAUAUAUACAUAUACAAUAUUUAUACUGCAGGAACGGUUCGUAUAUUAUACAGGACAAUAAUAAUUGUAUCGGUUAACACGAAAACCUAAAUUAAUAGGACAAUAAUGUCGGACGGGGGGUGGGGAGGGGGAGGGGGCUGGGCGGUGCGGAAAUCUACGACGUUCGGAGGUCCCGGUUUAUUGGGUUCAACGACGCGUCAAGAGGGCGUCGCCGGUAAAACGUUACAAUAUUAUUGCCGUCUACACGUGUCUGUACAGCGAAAAACGGUUUUUUACACUUUCCACGGUACUCGGCAUCUAAUAUCUUUAUGUUUUUAAUUUUCAUCGUAUAUUUUUGUCGAAUUUUCGAGACCGUUGUACUGACUUUAGUGGGUUAAUCAUAGUAAUACAAAAUACAAUGUACAUAUUAUUUAGUUUCUCCGCCCAUUUUGUACAUUUCUUUUGGCUUUUUCUAGACAAAAUUAGCUCAAAGUUGGGAAUUUAUAUCGUAUCAUACGCGGAUAAAAGUGAUUAAAAUGGGUGGAAAUUCAAUAUGAAUCAGAAAAUAAUAAAGUAAAAAUAAAAUCAUUAAAACGGUUAAUACUCGUUAAUAACCAUAUGGAUAAAAAAAUGUAUAUACAAACAUAAAUUAAUCAAUGCGUCACCUGGAGUAUUAUAAGUGCAUUAUACAACCGGUUUCGAAUUAAAAAUUCGUCAUCAGGUAUAUCACAGUCAAAACGUAAAACGUAACUGAAUAAAACAAUUAACUGAAGGAAUAUAUAGAAAAGAAAAAUUUUAAAAUUAUACAAAUUGGUCGUUUUACAUAAAAAUAAUUUAUUUUAAUAGGAGUGAUUAUUUAAAAUGGGAUAUUAUUAUUUUUAUUGAUAAAAUUAAUAAAACUAAUAUUGAGCCAGGUUACAAAAUGAUUUCUUUUGGCGUCAAAAACGUAUACACAUCCAUUUCUAAACACGAAACAGUACAUUUUUUAAAAAAUAAAUCUAUACAUAGUAAUAAAUUGAAUACAAACGAAAUACAAGAAAUUAUUCAAUCAAUAAAUAUAAUAAUUAAUUAAAACUAUUUCCAGCAUAAUAAUAAAUUAUACUUGCAAAAAGAAGGUUUAGUUAUGGGUGGUCCCUUAAGUGCCCUUUUAUCUGAAAUUUACAUGCAAAAUUAUGAAACCAAUAAUAUUAUUAAAAACAAAAUAUACAGUUCAUAUAUAAAAACAUAUUAUAGAUAUGUUGAUGACACAUUCAUUUUAUUUAGAGCUUCAAACAGAAGAGCAGACAAUUAAGUUAACUACUUAAACAAAAUAAAUACAAAUAUUCAAUUUACACUUGGAAUACAAAUAAACAAUAAAUUAAAUUUUAGUGUUUACAAGAAACCUACACAAACUGAUUCUAUAAUAUGAUGUGUCACCCUUGUUCUCAAAAAAUAUCAUUUUAGAUUCUGAGAGGAACGAAGUAAUUUAUGGUUUUACAAAGAUGUUUAUUUAUUUUUUUUUUUUUCUGUUAACAACUUUUCUGCCAGAAGUCUUGCUCGGAUUUCUGAGUGUAGCACCUUUUCUGAAAAUAAAUCUGUGUGGGGAGGUAAUUUCUCGAUUUUCUCAAGAGUUUCGUCAUUAAAUUUGAAAAACAAAAAAAAAAAUUAAACGUGCAAAUGUAAGAAAUAUAGGUUAUCUAUUAGUUAAAAUAUAUUACGGACCUUCUGUUUUUCUGUGCACAGCUUUUCUGCCAACAAUUUUGCUCCAACUACACCAAAAAUACUCCUUUUUUUUUGAAAAUGCUGGUAUAAAUAAACUUAAAUGUAUUUGAAAUAAAUUGUAUAUAGCUAAGACAAAUAGACAUUUUAAAACAAAAUAUAAAGAACACAUUUCUGAAAUAAAAUUUAAAAAUAAUGCCCCUAAUUCAAAUUUCGCUGAACAUGUUUUAUAAAAUAACCAUAAUAUAAGCUUUGAUAUUGAUACAGGCUUAGAAAUAAUAAAUACCGAAAAUAUCAUUUACAUUAAUUCAUUUUUAGAAGAAUUACAUCUAUGGUAUUUACCACCAUACAGACUUCCCGAAUUAAAGCAGUGGGAUGCAAUUUUCUGUUCGCACGGCGUCAGUAUCUUUUUCAACUUCUCUACACAUACCAUUUUAGAUUCUGAAUGAAGCAUAGCAUAGUCCAUGGCUUUACGAUAUUUUUUUUUUUUUUAUCUGUGAACAACUUUUCUACCGAAAUAUUGCUCCGAUUUACAAGCGUGACACAUUUUCUGAAAGGAAAUCUGACUUGGGUAGUACUUUAAAGAAGCCAUUUUUUGAUUUUUCCUGUAGAAGUUUUCCCAAUAAAUAGGAAAAACCAUGGGAAAAUAGAUCAAUAUUAAACAAAUAUUAUUAAAGAAAAUGUUUAAUGAAUUUUGCAAUUAUUUGACCAUGAUAUGACAUAUUAUAGAAUGUUGAGAAAGCAUCACUAUUAAUUGAACUCCGCUCAGAAUCGUUUUAUUGUUAGUAAUAAUUAAUCAUUAUUUAUUAAUAUACGUUAAAUUUUCCUCUAUGCAUAAUACAUUCCCAACUUCUCAUCUAUAACAGAGGCUUACCCAUUGUGCGAAGUUGCCCUGGUUUUUAUGAUUAAAAUUCACAAUUUCACCAUUUUUCGAAAGCAGUAUAAUAAUUUAUAGUGGGUAUAGUAUAUAUAUAUUGUAUAGUAUUGUAUUACAGUAUUCGGGUAUUUGCUUUUUGCAAAAAAUAUUUAAAUAGUUUUAUUAAAAAAAAUAGGUAAGGGAGGGGAAAAUUUAAUCCUAGUUAUGGUGACGGCUGGAGUUCUGUCGCUCACUGGUGUCUUUUUUUUACAAUUUGUGUUUCUAUUUAAUUGUUAUUUUUUUUCAAUAGUUUGAAAUUACUUAUAACCAUAAAGGUAUGGUUUACCCUUUUUUUUUAUUUCAACUGUUCAUUUACGAAAAUGUAUUAAUACCUCGAGUCCUUUUUAUCAUAAAAAAAAAAACAAUUCAAACAUAAGAUUUAUUAAUUACGACUGAACGCAUUUCAUAACUAAACCAUAAUAAGGCGAUCGUUGUAUAAAUCACUACAACUCGGUUUGAAAAUGCACACGGAAAUGCCGUAAAUUGACACGAACAGAACUGGAUUCGACCUCUUUCUCGGUGAAAACCGUCCGAUCGUUGUCUAAAUGAAAAUGGUCCCGGCGAAUAUGCCACUCUGGUGUAUCGUAUAAUAAUUACUAAUACUAUUACAAUAAUAUCUAUAGUAAAGUAUUAUUUUUUUUGUCCUAUCCGCAGUACCUAUUAUAUAUUAUUGUACACUUAAUUCUCUAUCUAAAAAAUUAUACUUCAUAAUUUAUUAUCGAGACUUUCAGCCAAUUAUUACCAAUUAAUAUUCUGAAAUUGUCUUCGCGUCGUUAAUUUAUUAUUUAUACGUAGGCAUAACCAAUAAAAAAAUAUCGUGUAUAGCACACUGUCUCAGUGAAUUGGAAAAAAAAAUAUAUGUAUAUAAACAAUAUUCGGUUACAUUUUUACUGUUCUCUUUAAUAAACGGUCUUGUUGUUCUGUACAUACGCAUCAGUAUAAUACUCGUAGAAUAUUAUUAAUAUGAUUAGUCAUAGUUAUCAUUAAUAAAAAAAAAUACCAUUGGUUAUGUGUAUUUUUUUCUCAGAAAACUUUUUUACGAUUAGUAAAGUGAUCAGAUUUCAAAAAGUCGCUUAUUUUAAUGUUUUAGAUUUGAAAGGUUGCAAGGCACGUUUCACUAUGACUUUUUAGUCAUAGUGUUCUAUAUUCCCAGGACACAUGUUUGGUUGGUUGGCUUAAAAACAUCACGUAAAUAAUUUAGGUAUGUGGUAACGUUUAAUGUUUUAUUUGAUAGCAUAAUAAGUCUAGCAGUGUUGAAUCCAUACAAUUUUUUUUUUUUUUUGGAGGGGGGAGGUUGGAAGGCAUUACUAAAAUUAUAGUAAUAUUCUUUUUUUUUUAUCUACCCUCUUACUAAGAUCAGUCAAAUUUAUAUGUUUAAUUAUUUAAUUAAUUAUUCAUUUGCAUACAUUUAAUAGGCGGGGCAAACAAAAUUUCAGGGGGGCAAUCGCUCCCCCCCAGACGUAUACUUGAAUUCAACACUGAUGUCUAGUUUUUAUUGAUAAUAGAAUAGUUAUCUAUAAUAUUAGUUAUUCUAUAUUAUAAGUUAUACUUAUUGGAUCGUACGUUCCUAACUUUCCCCCUUCAACGGUUGGCCGCGCCCGUUCCCAGUAUCAGCUCUUUUUUCGUUGUUUAAAAUAAGUAUUAUGUUAUGAUAAUAUGCGCACUUAUCGUUGUUUUCUGUGAUCCACAAGUGUUUACUUUGAAAACCGUUGAUCUAUCGUUUUCGACUCUCCUAUCGGCCGCAUAGAAUUUUCAAUUGUUCGCGUUACACGUUAUAAUAUUGUAAAUCAACAGUUUGCAGCUAUAUAUUGUGAAGUCGGCCUACUCCGUUAAAAUAUGAUUUUACCACCUGUGAAUUGAUUUCAAUAGAAAUUACGUAGUGUAUUUUCUCUGUUUCGUAUAUUUAUUUGAGUUUACGGUCCUUUAAUAUUCUGAUCACAGUCAGAAAUGUAUUGCAGGUUACACUACUACGACGGGGAGGUUUUUUUCUCCCCGUUUAUUAUCACCUGCGAUUAUUCUGUCGGGAAUUUCGCUUCGAUUAAUCAAGUGGUAGCUUUUUUUCUAAAAUCUAAUUUCGUCUAGUCGGUGUUUUGUAAAGGCUAUUUUUUGAUUCGCUUCGUAGUUUUCAUAAUAAUUCGGAAAACAACUGAAGAAAAAUGGGAAUUUUCACCGGCGUAAUAACGGUUUCAUUAUUUUUUUAUUUUGUUUUUGCGGUGUUUUUUUUUUUUUUUUUUUUUUAACUCGGUUAAAAAAUGCUCGUAGAAACCCGGCGUAUUCAUAGAAUACUUAUAUCAGUCUUUUCUAAACGCGGUACAAUUUCCGAACAAAUAUCCUAGGUACUUAUACUUUUCCCUGCAAACUCACACUCUAUAUGCUCCGUUUUACGUCAAAUUAUCUUUGUUGUAUUUUCUUCAAGCGCUACUCUUUAUUCUUCGAGUCUAUUGCUAAAUUCUUCCGGAUUUUAUAUUAUCAAAGAUGUAUCAUCUGCCAACACCAUGCACCGCGGUACUUCCUCCACCCAUUGUCCCCGCGCACGUUCGAGAUGCGACAAUGCGCCCGAAUCUUGCCCAGAACUCUUCGUACUGUUUAACGCACAGCCAGUGGCAAUUUUCAAUGGGAGGGGAUGUAGUAAACAAGAAUUGUAAAUAAAUCGUGAAAUUGUCCUUUCUACCCAACUCGACUAUGGAAUUGGUAAUUUAAAAAACGUUUCCUAAAAAAAAAACAACUUCUAAUCAAUAAUACGUUAAACUCUUUCUCAUAAAUUUGCUGAAAUAUAUGCAUUUCGAUAAUAGAUAACUCAUAUUUUUUUGUAUUUUAAAGCCAAUUGGGGGAGGGAUAUAACCCCUAACCUCCACUCUUGCGCACAAUAAUAUCGUAUGCUGGGUAUGUUAUGCGUCUUGCAUUGUUCGAAUUUCGUUCAAAGCUAUCGGCGCGUGUAAAACAAUAAUAAUACUUUAUGAACCUGCCGAACAUUUGUAGUGAAAUUUAUUUUUAUAUUAUUAUUUUAUAAUUAUUCGCAAAAAACAGAAAAUAUAUUAUGUGUAUUUAACGCGUUUUUCCGUUUUUUUUCUUCUUCUUCUCCUUACAGAUAUCAAUGGCGACAAUAUCAUCCCGUUAAACAGGCGUUCUGUAGAGGCGACCGAAGAAGGCCGGAUCAUCUUACUUUUUUCUAAACUCUUGGUACUAGCGACCAUCGCCUUAUUUUCAUCAAUUCUCUCACUUAGAUUGACAUUAGCUCGUAUUCAACGAGAAUACCAAGAGGACCUCGACAGAGAAGCCCGUGCACAUAACCCUGACGCCCGUACAGAAGACCCCGAAGCCCAUGUAGAAGACCCCGCCGAAUCCGAAAACUCGCACUCUCAGAACACCGGACCCGCCGCCGCUGACGCUGCACCAGCAGCGGAUUAUUUCAGUUUCAAUUACCUUCGUCACCACGCUCGUUUAUGGAUAGUACGAGUGUGGUGUAUGAGGGGCGCGAGUUAGAAAACUCCAACGACUCCUCGGACAUUGAAUUACAACCGCAGCAACUGACCAACCAAACAACUCAAACAACUCAAACAACUCAAACAACAUCGCCACUUCAGAUUGCUACUGUUGAAUUCGUUCGAUUCACUCCGCCCCAAGCACCACCACUCCCCGAAACACCAAUCGCCAUAGAAAUACCAAAAAUUUCGACCAACGACCUAUUGAAAUGCCAUCACCGUAGGAGAAACGCCAUACGCAGAAGAACGCCGAGAAAAUAGAAUCCCUAAAAAAAAAAAAACAAACAAAAAUUAAAAAUUAAUACCGCGCCAUUAGCCAUGUUCGCAUGCCCGUAGUCUCCAAACUCCAGAACACAAUAUAAUAAUAAUAUAUAAUAAUCGCGAUGUAGUAAUAAAAAAAUUAGUACCGAUGUAACUGUAGCUACGUGGCCGGUGGUCACCUCAACGGGGCUUUUACGGAUACACAACCGCGGCUCCGGUAGUAAAUAAAUUUAUUGGUUCGGAUCCUCCGGGACCGAUAAAUUUAUGUUACUACCGAUAGAAAUGUAGUAAUUUGGAGCAAAUUUAUUGUAGGUUUAUUUGAUUGAUGUGUUUUCCGAUGAGCCGUAAGCUGCCGCUUGCAACUCAGUUGCACGCAGCUUACGUGCCUUGGAAACCAUCAAGAUUAGCAGAUCCCAAUGAUCCCCGUAGAUUUAACUGGUGCCUAGUUUGUCUUCAGUGUCGGUGUGACAAGUGCCAGGAAAUGUGCUCAUUACCGAAUUCUCACGUGUGCCGUAUGAGACGAGUGCCGGGGACCUGCCUAUCAUCCGCCGCGGCCACCUGCUGCAGUUGGCUGUCGAAAAUCGGACUGUGCGUCCCAGUGGAAGACGGCAUGCGUCUUCAAGUACGAGACACGGGCGACGCGAUCAACGUGGACGACGCGAUCAACGUGGACGACGCGAUCAACGUGGACGACGCGAUCAACGUGGACGACGCGAUCAACGUGGGCGACGCGAUCAACGUGGGCGACGAGAUCAACGUGGUCGACACGAGCAACGCGGACCGCGUCACGGGCUGUUGCGCGUACUGUUGCGCUUUAGCGUCGUACACGUGGCGUGCGAUCUACAAACGCGUCACGGCGUGUUUCCGAUGUUGCGUCCCACCCGCCGGCGAAAACCGACCGGCCAGAUGCGGCAGCGUCCGACGCAGCAGUUGCGCCGAAAAUUGUUCCGGAAACAUUAACGUUCCGGAAUGCCGCUGCAUCAACUGGGAGACGUUGCGCAACGACCGCCGGAACAUCGCGGCGACCGCGCACGGCCCGUUCGACCAGAACAGCAGCCGCCGCAGACGCCGUCUUCGCGGCCAAAGUCCCGGCAGAGCGCCGGGCAACAAACACUCCGAGCCGCCGAACGCCGUCGGGACCGUGUCCACCAACACCCCCGUCGUCAUGGCCACCAUUGUCAAGACCGGGAACAUACGAUGGUCCGCUACUCACACCAGGAUCGUCGUGGUCGACGUCCACGGAGACUCAAACUUCGGCCACGCGCCGAAACCGUUCACGAAAUCCCGUGCGACGAUUUCGUCGGGCAGCCGUCUGCUGGCCAUCCGUGCGCCCCAACGUCAGUUUCUCUAGGACGGACGCCAAACCGGUAACAUCGAACGCAUCAUUAUCAUUAUCCUAAUCAUUCUGCUCAUUAUCGUUAUCGGGGGACGGAUUUGUACGGCACGUUCCGGGGAUUUGUUUUGAAAUCCGUUAUUGUUGCGUACAGUAAAUAUUACACGGGCUCGUGAUACUAGUGGGUCAUAACAACACGUAUACAUCCGGCCUCCCGAUAUUUCGAUAAAAUAAUUUCGUAGCGUUAGAAUUGCCGGUAUCGAAAAUUUAAUAAACAAAUAAAUAGAUAAAUAAAUAAAUAAAUAAAUAAAUAAAUAAAUAAAUCAAAAUUAAAAUCAACGAAAUUAACGAAAAAUGUAGAGUUUCUCCGUGCGUUUUUGUCCGUAUGGACUGUGAAUAUUUGUAAAUAUUAAUAAUAAUAAUAAUAAUAGAAAAACAAAACUAUAUCAUAAGUUAUAUUAUAUUAUUACGUUAUAUUAUUACGCGUUAAAUGUUUUCAAGUAUAUUUAGUGUUGUGUUUGUAAGUGUUUAUCGUUAAUAUUAAUGCGGUGUUCCUACGCGUACCGCAAAAUUACCGAGCGCGCGGUGCGCGACAUAGAUAGGCUUAUAGGUUUUCGUUUUUAUCUGUUCCUGUAUUUUUGCCCCUUUUUGCCCCUUUUUGCUAUAGUUUUUCGAACCAACAGUUUCGGCGGACAGUAACGUAUUGCGUGCGGGCCGUGUCCCGCGAAGACGUCCGCGACGGAAUGCGAACGGAGGCUCGGUCCCGAACGGGAGGCGAAAUCCGUAUUGUGCACGGUCCCAGUCCCGUAUCGCAUUCCGUCUGGGACAGUAUCCGCCGGCGCCGGCGUGCGAUAGAAUUCCGGUGUUGUUUUUUUGUUUCUUUCUACCCCCGGCCAAUUUACAAAUUGCUCCCGAGCAUAAGGACUACGAGUAGUAUUUUAUAUUUGAAUUAAAUUUCGGUGUAGAAAAAUUUAAAAAAAAGCGACUUUUUCCCGAGAUGUUCGAAGACGGCCGCCGUUUUUUUUUUCCGAGGGUGUCGUUUAUUCAAGAACAUAACAAACGUGUACGUUAUUUUUGCGUUUACGGCCGCGGUACGGACUAUGCGCCAGUUUUAUCCGCUCUCCGGAACGUCGAAAAUGACAAGCGAGAACAAACCCUCACUGUGAAAAACGACGGCCGCCCCGCGUCUUCACUUGGAAACAACACCGUGUGUUAUAUGGUCGAAAAAAGCCGUUUUUUUUUUAAACUUUUCCGCCGCCGAUGCGUGCAAAUUUAAUUCGAAUGUCCAAAUAUCCGCGAGUCAUUAUGCCCGCGAGUAAUAUGUAAACGGGGAAAAACGCACCGUCUUUUAUCGCGUCCGGGGCCGAUGUACGACAACGGGUGGGAUACCUUCGCGGGAUACCCACUGUACGGUGACAGGGUAGCGUAACGAGAUUGCCGCGGCCGUUUGACCUUCUUCCCCUCAAAAAGUUCAACGCGAUCGGGCCCCGAAAAACAUACAGGCGUUGUCCAGUUUUAUCCACCGCACAUACAACGCGACCGAUGGCUGGGUCGAAAACCGUGCGGCGUGGAAUUAUUGCAAUGUUGCUAUUCCGUGCAUGCGUGCGUUUAGCGCGCACAAACAUCACUUAGGAAUGUAUUGAUUACACGAUCGGAACAGCCGAAUCGGAUGCGGUCGAAAUAGCCCGUACGACAAUAGUAUUGAAUUUUCGUUAAACAUGCGUUUCCGUAGUACAAUCGACUUAUCAAUAAAAUAGAACAAAAAAAAAAAAAAAAAAAAAAAACAAACAAAAUUAGAAAAAAAUCAAAUAAAAUAAAAUUGAACACGCCAUUUAAACCGCAUGCCGUAUCGUGUACGAUCGCGGUGAUUUCAAGCAAAGCCAUCGAUCGAGUUGUAUGUGCGGUGGAUGUGAAACAGCACGACGCCUGUAUAUUUUUGGAAACGGGCUCGCGGAGCGUUGCGCUUUUUGAGAGUAAAUCGGUCAAACCGACGCGGCGGCCGUGGCGCACCCGUGACGAGGGAUGGCGAGGGGAACUCAACAUUAUUGCCGGGUUUCGGGUCAGGCUGACUGGAAACUCCGGUUUUCGAGCGAACUGCAGGGUGAUAGCGAAACGCCCGGGGUCGGUCGUAGCGCGCGGCGACGUUUCCGUUUCCCGAGACGGAACGGACGGCGCGCCGCUCGUUGGCGGGACCGCGCGAAAAUCGAGAACGAACCGAACCGCAUGGCGCCGCGCGUACCGUGACCGCCCCGGGAUCGCCGAGUGAACGAAAACAAACCGGACUGUGAUUAUACCGAGUGAGAGUUUGACAAACGAUUGUUGAUAAGUAAUAGCGUUUUAUUUCAUUGUUAAAUUUUUCGUUGUAAAAUAUUAUCCACAUUCAUACAUAUAUAUAUCAUACCCGUUGAGAAAUUUCAGAUAAUAAUUGCUGUUGUAAAAUAUUAUGAAUGUUGAUUUAAUGUUGUCCUUCGUUAGAAAUUUAUCAAUGUCUUAUUGUUGUCUAUGUGUUAUGUAUUUUAUAUUUAUUAUAUGCGUGUGUUUGAAAUCUAAGUGUCGAUAUAGUUUAUUGGAAAAAAAUUUAUUUAUUAUUCUAUUAAUGGAACGUGUUAACCGUAGAGCAGCUACCUUUUUUUAUUUCUUCUGUGAUAUUCAUAUUUACCGUAUAGAUUUAAGUCCGAGCGGCCUCGGAGUCGAAAUUCUCGACGAGGCCCUCGAAAAUUAACGGAGAAUGUUAUCGAGACGCGAUAAUUUCUCUCCCGGCAGGCCGUCGACGGAAAACACAUUGGAAACCGAUCGAAAAAUCGACAAACUCAUUGCUUUCGGACCCGCACUGAACACGUACCGUGUCGGAAAAACCGAGUGCCCGAGGGGUUGCCGCGGCCCGGGAGUCUCGCGAUUCUCCCCGGCCCCUCCCCGAAUCCGGACUCGAACGACGAUUAUCAUGCCGUCCGACGAAUGACGCUCG